ACCAUGCUCUCAGUCCGCGGAAAGCGACUGAACGCACGCGAGAAGAAGCGAUCCUCGGCGCCUAUCUAUCUCGCAGUCGCAGAGAUCGCGAUCGAAAUUCGUAUUUCGAGUGACCAGCGUAGCCGGUAGAUCCCUGUGCUGAUCGAAGGGAGAUCGGAGUGUGACUGGGAAAUCGUUGACCUCAGCCGUUUCUCUGGAAGGUGGACAGUGCCAUAUCCAUUAAAGGAUAAUGGAUGAUGAUUUCAAAGCCGGCUGAUAAAAUCAAACUGUUGCAACGUGUUGCUGCUUCAACGUUUCUGCAUGCCUGAUUUCUUCAUUCAUCAGGAUUCGCGAUGUUGGAUCCGAUUUUGGGAAUAUCGUCGGUAUGGUGGUUGGUGAUGUACGCCAGUAUUUUGCUGCUGCUCUCCCCUCUGGUGCUGCUUUUCAUCGUUUUCCUGCCGAAUUUCCCGAUACUGCUGCUCAGAAGGAUGUGCUACAUUCCCAUCGAGUCUAUAUGACGAAUUAUUGUGAAAAGAAUUACCGAAGUUCUAACGUUAUUUUAAUAAUAGAAGCCAGGAAAAGGAUCGCGGAGGUCUCUAAAAAUUUUCUAAAAGUACAAUCUCAUCGUUAUGCUGCUAUGUAAAUUGCUAUUUAAAUAGUUACGCUUGGUCGAUGGAAACUUCCAUACUUCAUUGCACGAUUCUUACCCGCUGUACCGUUAUGGAGAAUUAUAAAGGCCUCUAACGUCCGUGCAAAAGAAUAGACGAACAAUGGAUAUGGUUUGAAUGGUCAGGCCAAGCGAACAGCCGGAAUAUCUGGUUUUGAUGGCGCCCAUUUUCCACGUCUGGUUCAAAGUGUAAUCAAAAUCGCAUCAAAUUAACUGUACAGUUAUAAUGAUACCUUUAGUCAUAUAAGUUAUAUCCGAUACAUAGAGUCUAUUUCUUUUUCCUUCAGCUUAAGAAUUUCACGAAAAUCAAACGAUAUUUGCGUCAACCGCAAAUAAAUUAUCUGGCAGGAUAGAAUUUACUCAAGCCAAACAUUCAGACUUGCGCAAACUUCAAAUUUCUAUUCUGCGAUCUAACGCGAGCGAAUAAACUCGACAAGCGGGAACGGUGUUUCGCAAAACGCGGGUUACGCUCGUUUCCGGCGCGGACAGCUCGACAAUUUUGCGAGAAAUCAGCGGAUUUUUCGAGGUCUGUCCGUUUCUUGCGUCAGGAUUGCUUUUCGUGUCGUGCGCACAGCGGGCAUUUUCGAGAGUAAACAUCUCGAAUGUAGAAAUAUCGAGCGCGAUUCUACCGUUGAGUGACAUUACUUGGUCAGGAAUCGCGUUGUUCACCGUUCAUUUUUCGUUUCGCGUGUUAUGUAAACCGGCGCACGUCAUUGAACGUUCACCAUUGAUCUUGCCAAUCGCUGCUUUUUCUUGUAAUCACCGGACUCGCGAACGAAUUACGUGGCGAUAAAUGGCACCUGCGAAAAAUCUAUCGACGAGAACCACUGUUAAAACCGAAUGAUUGACGCGUGUCACUUCGCUAGGGGCUCAAGUUUUCGUGACCCGUCGUUAUUUUUAAUAACAGCGUAGAAAUGUCGAGGUUAUUUUUUACAACGGGAAAUGUUAAUUCAGGUGCAAUUUAUUGCUCGUUUGGUAAGCGAGCGAAAUAUUGCACACCUAUUUCCAGCUGUUCUAUUCGUUCAAAGAGAAAUGUUCCUGCUCGAACGGCCUUAAUUAGGCUGUCUGUGUAAUUAGCAGACUCCCUUAAUUAUCGCUUCGUUAUUCUUCUUUGAUUUCUUAUCGUUAGAAGAAACAGGCGUUUUCAAUACAAUUUACAAGCUCUUGCAGAGAAAUAAAAUGAAUUGUAUGUCGUGCAGUAAUAUUUGUUUAAAAAGGUUUUUUAAGGGGUACUAAGGGGGUUUUGCUUGUCAGUCGGACACGGUGCAUCCUGUGCAUGGUAAAUGCACGUCCUUCUGCAGUUCACCAGGUGAUAUAGGCGGGCCCGAAGUUGAACAUUACAGUAACGAUCGGAGAGUACUUUCGCCAAGUAGCGUUCGUAGUGGGGGAGUUGAGACUUGAACCCUGGGACCUCAUGGGCCAUAUAUACAACGCUUCCAUGCAGCUCUCUUGCUACUUGGUGUCAGCAUCUCGACGAUCCUUGCCGUUGUACGGGAAAGAUACACCGAGUGGAGGACCGAUCAAGUAAAAGAUGAUGUUAUUAAUAUCGUUCAUGAUGAUUGCCCUGGCGAUGGGAGAGCCAGGGUUGCUGAGGGUGCCCAAAGUGUACAACGCGGUCAUCACCAGCAACCAGAAUCUCUCUCCAUCGAGAGCAUUUCCAGUGAUACAGCCAAUAAUUCAUCGAACAGCGGUCGGCUACGUGCCACCCUAUUAUUACACCCAAGUGUCGCCCCAAUUCGCUGGACCCGACGUGGUGCACCUUUCUCAGGGUCCCUUGAAACCUGGCAACGAGGGUGACGUUCGAUCGGAACCAUCAGCCACCGUGGAAUCUUCCCAAAUAGCAGAUACGAAGGUAAAAACAGAAACUGAUCAGGGUGGAGAGGAGAACAAAGACAGACCGAGAGGCGGUUCGAAGAACAAGAAAGAAGAAGAACCCCUCAGUUUUUAUCCCAACUACCAGUCGCUCUAUUACGACCCCUAUUUUUACACCUACAACGGUUUCAACCCUCACGUCGUCCCGGGGACUUAUUACGUGGACUACCAACCUUUCGGUACCGUCCAACCGAUACCUGCCUCCACGCCGAAGAAUGGCCUCUCCCAACACUUGCUCCCCGGUUACCACGAGGAAAAGAAACCCGUCGCAGCCGCGAAGGAGCUGAAGGAGAUGAUACCAGAUGUGCCGCCGCCACCCCUUCCGACAGCUGUGCCGAAGAGUUCUUGAAACGGUACCCAGG